AUGGACAAGGAGGUGGCGAAAAGGGACAGAAAUGCUGAAUUAAUGGGGGACAAUAUUAUUGGCAUUUAUCUCUCGGAAGAUGCAUUCCUCUCUCCUGAAAAGAGUGAAAGUCCUGGGGACAAAUUACGGCGCUUUGUCCAUAGCCAAGAGAGAAUCCAGAACCUUCGCCCGCUCGGUAGCGGAAUUCACUGGGUCGUGUGUCUGGCCACGAUUAAGGAUACCCCAUAUGUGUUGAAAGUCUUCUACAAAUGGAAGCAACCCGGUCCUCGCUUCUACUCGUGCGAAGAGGCUAUCUACAUCACGCCGCUCGCGUACGAGAGUCGGGCAUUUGCUCGACUGGACUCAAGCAAUCAAAAUGGCAAUUGGGCUAUCCGGUGUCAUGGAUGGAUGAAGUUAGCGGAUACCCAAUUCAACAUGAUCAAGGAUGUUGUUGCUACUUGUGGCUUGAGUAGCCAUGACCUGAGCCGUUGGGUCAUCGUCAAAGAAUACGGGCUAACCCCGACAAAUGCUUCUCAUGUUCCAGAAAUCCUCGAGAAUUUUGUGAUUCCCAUGGAACUGAAAAUAUCACCGCAAGAUCUUCGGCCUGAGAACUUUAGAGGAUCGAAGAUGGUCGACCUCUCGUGCGCCUUGACGUAUCCGUGCCCCGGAUGGUCGGAGUACGAAUUCAAAUUCUUCUAUACAGACACCAUUCGUGGGGUGCUGGAUUGGUUCAAAAGCUAG